AUGUCGUUUUUCAAAACACAGCGCGCCAAAGGCGACCAACAGAAGGUGUUGGAGACCGAGUGUUCUGUCGAGUGUUUUGUUGUUUCUCGCAUAUCCAAUUCUCUCAUUUUAGGAACCACGGACGGGAAGGUUAUCGUGUAUGACAUGUCCACGUACGAGAAAAAGCGUGAGGUCCAGUUCUUUGGGUUUCCGACUGGCGUACUUGCGAAGCAGAAGAUCAUAGGUGUUUUGAAGUCGCAAGGACGGGAUGAAGCAGUGAAGGAAGUUGAACGAUUUGAGAAGGAUGGGGAGUUUCAAAUGGGAGAAGCGACGAAUUAUUUCAACAUAGAUAUAGAGAAUGACAUGAGAACGACCGGAUCGAUCAAGUGUAUGUGUUUAAUUCACGACGAGAAGAUAGGGAUUGGGUUUAACAAUUCUGUUUCGGUCUUUGAUUUAAAGCAAAUGGGGGACUUAGUCGUGAUUACUGAAGACAUGAAAGGCCAUGAAGGGAUGGUGAGGAAGUUAGAAACGGUGAACAACAAAAUAGUAUCUUUAGGCAACGACAAAUUGAUUUGUAUAUGGGGGAAAGAUGGGAAACUUGAAAAGAAGAUCGAACGCACGGACGAAGAUUAUUACUACAAUGCUUCAUUAGUAGUUGGGUGUGAUUUAUUAGUGAGUGGGAGUCGAUUAACGCCAUAUAUAAUAGAGAAAGGGACGAUGACUCGAGUUUUUGAGGUCUCGUUAUAUACAAUUCCUUAUAAAGAUGACAAGGCGAUGUUCAUGCAACAUUUGCAUCAUAAUAGAAUCUCUCCACAUAAUGGUGUGAUCAUUACUAUUACAAGACUUGGUAAUGGAAACAUCUUAACAGGAAGUCAAGACGGCGUCUUUGCGGUGUGGGAUGGGACAAAGUUCUUCUGUUUGUUUAUUAAGAUCAAUUCGAGUCAGAUGGACUAUUUGAAGAUGAAGCAGAAUUGCCCCGUCCACUGCGCAGACUUUAUGGCCAUUUUCGACACGGGAAGUAACUACCGAGAGACAACACCAACACGUCGCCCGAUGGAAGACAAAUACACUAUGCCAUUUGGGAAAUAUCGCGGGGAUGUCACUGACAUGUUUGUGGUCACUAAAGAAGAAGGGAAGUCAGUGGUCUAUGUCGUCAUUGGAGAGACUGGAGAAGUCCACGUCAUCAAUUUUGAUACAAAGACUAAACCUUUGGUACUUAAGACUCAUCACCUUGAAGGGAAGAUUAUAGCAACUUAUCAAGACGAGAAACAGCUGAUCUUGUAUCCGCUGAAGGCGUCGCUUUAG